AUGACCGGUUCAUGAGACUGGACAGCCUUAGGCACAACAGAACUAUUUUCAAACAACAUCUGGGGAAGUUAAGGAAUAAAAUGGAACAUAUGGAGUCAGAAGCUGCUGGUACCUCCUCAGGAUCAUGUCGUCAUAUGUUCCGCCCCCUGCUGGAAAAUCAGGGUUGCAGCUCCUCAGACAAACAGGCUUCCUACAACCCAACCAUCAGCCGCUCAGCUUCCUGGAGCUCCUCUCUUGGUGAAGGUUCAGCUUCUGGAGACUCAGAGACAGAAACCGAACAACAGUCCAGCAUGCACACCAGCAUCAGCGAGAUCCUGAGGGAGAAGAGCCUGAAGCCGUCUCGCCGCAGCCUGCCCUGCCUGGCUCAGAGUCAGACACAUCCCAUCAACCUCAACCACUUCCUGUCUGUGCCUCUGAGCCCAGAUCCCAAACCAGAAGUGGACGACCUGAGUCAGAGCAUCAGCACGUCCUGCAGCCUUCUGCCGCCACAGUCAGCAGAGGAUGUCAAAGACGGCUACAUGGAGGAGACUGAAACGAGCGCAGAUGAACCCAAAGAAGAUCCAACAUUUCUUCUACAGAAGCCGGUCAGCCGGGCUAAAUUAGGGACGCGUGCAGAUUCUGUUCAGGGGAAAAAACAAUCAGAAUCUUCUGGACUGUUUUUCCGAGAUGGAAAAAAGAGAAUCGAUUACAUCUUGGUUUACAAGAAGUCCAGCCCACAGGUGGAGAAAAGGUGCACGUUUGAGAAGAAUUUACGAGCCGAGGGUCUCAUGUUGGAGAAGGAGCCCUCUUUGACGAACAACGACAUCAUGUUCGUGAAGGUCCAUGCUACCUGGGAUACGCUUUGCAAAUAUGCAGAGCAGAUGAACAUCCGCAUGCCUUUCAGAAAGAAAUGCUACUUCACUGACUGGAGGAGCAAAACCCUCGGCAGCAGGUUUCAUCUGAGGUGUCAGCAGAUGAAAAGCUGGCUUCCCAGAAAUCCCAUGAAGCUGGACAAAGAGGCCCUUCCCGACCUGGAGGAGACGGACUGCUACACGGCUCCUUUCAGCCGGGCACGGAUGCAUCAUUUCACCAUCAACAAUAGAGAGACGUUCUUCUCAAAUUCCACCAGAAGCAGAAUAGUUCAUCAUGUCCUGCAGCGCACCAAGUACGAAGACGGAAAAUCAAAGAUGGGCAUCAACCGCUUACUGGGCAACAACACAUACGAGGCGGCAUUUCCUCCACAUGAGGGCAGUUACAAGAGCAGACAUCCAAUUAAAACACACGGUGCCCAGAACCACAGGCAUCUGCUUUAUGAGCGCUGGGCGCGCUGGGGGAUGUGGUACAAAUACCAGCCUCUGGACCUCAUCAGACGCUACUUUGGAGAGAAAAUUGGCCUAUAUUUUGCGUGGCUGGGCUGGUACACUGGCAUGUUAAUCCCUGCAGCCCUCGUUGGUGUUUUUGUCUUCCUCUAUGGGUUCUUCACCAUGGAUUCAAGUCAAGUGAGUAAGGAGAUUUGUGAGGCCAACACAACCAUCAUGUGUCCCAUGUGUGAGGAAACCUGCAAGCCAUGGACGCUGAGUGACAGCUGCAUUUUUGCCAAGGUAACGCGUCUGUUUGACAACGGCGGCACUGUGUUCUUUGCUAUCUUCAUGGCUAUUUGGGCAACGGUGUUCCUGGAGUUUUGGAAAAGGAGGAGGGCAGAGUUGACGUAUGACUGGGAUCUUAUCGACUGGGAAGAGGAAGAGGAGGAACUGAGGCCUCAGUUUGAAGCCAAAUACUCCCGGGUGGAGAGAGUCAACCCCAUUUCUGGAAAACCCGAGCCCUUCCAGCCCUUCUCAGACAAACUCAGUCGUCUCAUGGUUUCUGUGUCUGGGAUAUUCUUUAUGAUUUCCCUGGUUCUGACGGCGGUUUUUGCCGUGGUGGUUUUCCGUCUCAUUGCGAUGGAGAAGUUCGCCUCCUUUAACUGGGACUUUGUCCAGAAGAACUGGCAGUUUGCCACGUCUGGCACUGGCGUCUGCAUCAACUUUAUGAUUAUCAUGUCUCUCAAUGUGGUUUAUGAAAAGGUGGCCUACCUGUUAACCAACCUAGAGCACCCACGCACGGAGUCUGAGUGGGAGAACAGCUUUGCUCUGAAGAUGUUUCUCUUCCAGUUUGUGAAUUUGAACAGCUCCACGUUUUACAUCGCUUUCUUUCUUGGAAGGUUUGCCGGCAGGCCUGGAAAGUACAACAAACUCUUCAAUCGAUGGAGGCUGGAGGAGUGUCACCCCAGCGGCUGUUUGAUUGAUCUGUGCCUGCAAAUGGGAGUCAUCAUGUUCUUCAAACAGAUCUGGAACAACUUCAUGGAGCUUGGAUAUCCGUAUGUAAAACAUCAUUACAACUGCACACUUUGUAUCUGGCAUGGGAUUCUAGAAGGCAUCGGCGUCCUGGCAGUCAUCACCAAUGCCUUCGUCAUCGCUAUAACCUCGGACUACAUCCCCCGCUUUGUUUACGCCUUCAAAUACGGCCCCUGUGUGGACAAAGGGCCCCACCAUGCAGAUGAGUGCCUGCAAGGCUACAUGAACAGCAGCCUGUCUGUGUUUGACAUGUGGGAGCUGAAAAACAACAGCCAGGUCAGAUACUGCAGGUACAGAGACUACAGAGCGCUGCCCUGGAGCUUGGUGCCCUACGAGUUCACCCUGCAGUUCUGGCAUGUGUUGGCUGCCAGGCUGGCAUUCAUCAUCGUCUUUGAGCACCUGGUGUUUGGCAUCAAGUCCUUCAUAGCGUACCUCAUUCCGGACAUGCCGAAGGACCUAUGUGAUUGCAUGAGGAGGGAGAAGUACCUGAUGCAGGAGAUGAUGUACGAAGCCGAACUAGAGCAUCUCCAGAAAGAGCGAAAGAAAAACGGGAGACGUUAUCACCAUGAGUGGCCUUAGCCUGAGCUCCCUCCGAUGUGUCCACAGCUCAUCACUCAGCUCACAGGCACAACCUGCCCCCCCACACACACACUGCUUAUUUACAUAUUUCAGCUUCGAGGGUCUAGCUUUGCACUGCUGAUAGAUUCUCUACACCAAAGACAUCCAGUUGAGAUCCUCUUCCCUUGUUGUUUUCUCCUCUCCUCUCUAUAAUCCGUCACCCAGCUCAAUCCAGCCGGUUGCCCUUGGAUCUGUGCCCUGUCAUGGCUUCUCUGGGGAAAACCUUUGCAAUUGUAAUGUUUACUAUGCAGAUCAGGGGCUGCAGAUCACCCUUGCUCACUCUCAGCCCCAAGCCCUGCAGCCUCUCUCUCUGUGUGGCAGCUAGCACUUUGCUUUGACUCUGCAUGGCAGCGUGUUUCCUUCUCUCUAUCGUCGCCUUCAGCAGAGAUCCAUAUGUGUGGCACUUGACGUUUACCUGUUGCCGAGUGAUUCUGGUGAUGUGGCUACCAAAAAAAACAACAAAAAAACUGACACUGCUCUUAUAAAAUAACUGUAUAUCACUGUUAAAGCAUGUUCCCUGACAUUCAGAGGCACUUCAUGGACUGUAAGGAAAAGAACUUGAUUCAGAUCACUUGUGAAGGGUGUUUACAUCCAUUCUGUGACUUUGAUGAACAAAUGUAUAAAGUGCAUGGUGACACCGUUUUCUACCUUUUUGAUAGACGAACUCCUUGUGCUGCUGCCUGGUUUAUGUGAGCGAGUCGUGUGUUUAUCUCUGUGCUUCUAGUUUGACCGUGUUGAGUUGAGAAAAUGCAAACUUAGCAAAGCUUGAUUGUGCCUACGGUGUAAAAACAUCAGCAUCAUUUGUGGCCACUCUCAUCCAUUUUGUACGUUUUUAAUUCUUCUUUUUAUUUAGGAAGUAUGCUGGUAAAGAUUCUCAGUCAUCCAGGUCAUAAUCAUUCCAAAAAAGUAAAAAAAAGAAAAGAAAAAAAACCCAUUGGACUUUGUUUCCAAGA